AUGGAAUCUUGCAAUCUGAAACCUGAUGCAAAGAAAGAACUAUCUCAAGUGAUUGCUCUGGUAAAGGCUAACAAGGGAAAACUUUCCGCCUAUGUCAACCAAUCGUCUGCUGUUUCUCCCUUCCUACAGUCACCUCUCAGUAUAGCUGAGUUAGUUGUGACAAUACCUGGUGCUAAUUGCCUUUUAUUGCAGGUAGCCAAAAGGUUAAGCACGCCUCAGUCUUCCCCAGACUUUGUCAUAGGGGCUGAUACCUGUGUCACUUUGGAUGGCACUGUUUACGGCAAGCCCAAAGACAGAGAUCAUGCCUUCAGUAUGUUGAGCAAUCUCAGUGGAAGGAAUCAUGAGGUGCUCACAGGUGUGUGUUUGAUGGUCCACAAAGGGCAGGAAUGGCAGGAGAUCAACUUCAGUGAGACGACCACUGUCAACUUUGCAACAUUGUCACCCCAAGUUAUCAAUGCUUAUAUUGAUACUGGAGAACCCAUGGACAAGGCUGGUGGUUAUGGCAUUCAGGCUCUUGGAGGAAUGUUAAUAGAAGGAAUUCAAGGCGAUUACUAUAAUGUAAUGGGAUUUCCUCUUCAUAGGUUUUGCCAGUCAUUGGUUCCUGUGCUAGAAGAAAUGUUUUCGUAGUGUGCUAGCAUGUAUGAAUGUUUCUUCUUUUAAGUUAAUUUAUACUGAUGGUUGUAAGUGUUUAAAGAAAUGUGUCUUACAUUUCAGAUACUUUGUUUUAAUCAGUACUUCAUAUGAUUGAAGAAUAAAGAUCCAUAGGUCAGUUCAGUCAAAUGUUCCUUAUAGUGAAGAUAAAAACAAGUUGAAUUUGGUAUUGCAUUUGAACUUGUGAUAUUUAUUUAAGAUCAGUAUGAUUUAUAGUUAUACUUUGAAAAGAAAAAAUCUGUUCCUUUGUCUGUUUUAUUGUUUCUUUAUAUAUUGUAAAGAAUGUAUUAUGUGCAGGGAUAUUUAAGUGAUGAAUAGAUGAUAUGAAUAAAGCAUUUCAGUGUUUCUUUGUGAUUUUUUCCACUUUAUAACCACAGUUCUGUUAAAGCAGUUAUGUAUCGUCUUAAUCUGUAGAGUCAGGAAGUACUGAGAAUAGUAUGAGUGAUAAUUUGCCGAAAUGAAAUCUGUAAUGAAUUUCUAAUUUAUUUUGAAAUUUCUCCAAUAAUGAUGUGAUCAAGUUCUUCAGAGUAACCAUGUGAACUUUGCCCUGAAUAUAUCAUCUUAUAUCCCUAAAGAAAAUUAUCAUUAUUAAUAACACCUAUAGAGCAAAAUGUAUUAUUUUAUCAUUAUGGUAGUUAUCUUUUUCAAAGUUAAAGUAUAAAUAUUCAAUGAGUCUAGUUCCUUAAUAUAGAGAAGAGUUUCAUAUGCAUUUGUAAUUAGAGAUAACUUCUUUUUCAAACAGGUUUGGAAAGACACCAGGGUCAAUUAUAUCGCCACCAAAGCUUUUUACCUUAGUAUUUUUAAUAAAGUAAAGACUUAAAAAAACUGCAUUCACUUCACAUCAUCUGAUGAAAUUAAAAAACUGCAUUCACUUCACAUCAUCUGAUGAAAUUUUACAUCACUCAUAGUGAGGGAGCCUGAUGUAACAGUUUUAAUGUUUGAGGGCUUGUAUAAUUUCCUGAGCAAGAAAUGUCAGCAGAAAACAUGGGUGGAUACUCAAACACUCCUUGAUGCUCGCCAGCCAUCUUCAGUUAAUGCCAAAAGAGAGUUAGUGUCUUUGUGGACUCUAUUGUUUAAAACUCUGAAUCUAUAUCAUGACCUUGGAUCCCUAGUGAUUGGUAAUUGCCUUCUGUAACCUCUACUCCAGCCAUUAUCUACAUUAUUUCUUUACCAUUACUGUCUUGAUAAGGAGGAAACUAAUUUUCAUUAAGAUAGGACUUUGUCUGAAGUGUGUCUGCCUGUGAGAGUUGCCUUGUACCCUUUGGACUGCUGUCAAAGGGUUACUGUAAAGGUAUGCAAAGUCAUGAGAAACAUCUUCAGACUUUGGAAUAUUGUGUGAUAUCAGACCAAUCAAUUUAAACAUUAUUUUAUAUAGAGGCAUUGUAGACUUUGUAUUUCUUUUUUAUCUCACUCACACAAUUUUUAUACUGUGCAUCAUUGUUCUGCUGUACAUGUGCAAUAAGUACUUUAAUAAGGUAAAACAUUAAGAAGAGCUGUUUUUUUUUUUUUAUAUAAAGAUAUGCAGAUCUGGUACUUAACCCAAAUGCCCCAGGAAAAUGUUGCAUUCACCGUAGUAUAGUUUUUAAAAAUGUGUCUGCAGAUAUAUGGCUCUGCGAGUGCUUAGCCACAAAGGAGUUAAUUAGUAGACCUUGUGACCUCACCUGAUUCACCUUUCCUUGAGUUUGCUGUAAAAAUGUUUUUUUUUAAUAAUGCUGUCAAUACUGAUGUUAUUUUGCUUAUAGACUUUAUAAUUGAUUUGUUGUUAUUGACAUUACUGACAGCAAUAUUAGAUACCAGCUUUUUUUUUCUUUUUCUUUUUUUUUUCAAUAA